ACGGCGUGUCAUACAAAAGGAUUAUAAUUGUAAACAAUCGCACGUGUUUUGGCGCUUUUGGCUCUCAAAACGACGCGAAGAAACAUGGAAAACAUCCCAAGAAAAUGCGCGGUGUGUGAAGAGAAGCAGUAUAAAUACAGAUGUCCAAAGUGCAGAAUAUUGUAUUGCUCAGUACCCUGUUUCAAAGAGCACAAAUCAGAAGGGUCUUGUGAAAAGGAAAGUCUGACGCCCAGUACUGGUGGAGGUCCUAUAAAAGAAGAAAUCGUAAGAGAAGAUGGAGAAAUUUCAGAAGGUGAUGAGGACAUGAACAAAGAAUCCACUCCAGAUGAACUUUCACAAAAACAGCUCAAUAAACUGGAUGAAUCAGACACAGUGAAAGAUCUGCUUCAGAAUCCCCAUUUGAGGGUACUUAUUACACAGCUGGAUCAAGCCAAGGAAAAGGAUAAAGCCAUAGAACAUGUCAUGCAGGAACCUAUUUUUGUGGAGUUUGCAGAUGCCUGCCUUGCAGCAACAAUAGGACAGGAUCAAGAUACAAUUUCAGAUAGAUGAUGAUUUAUUUUUUCAGUUUAUAUAAUUUACAAAAAUAAUAGAAAUAGCAGCAAGAGUUGGAGUCGGCAUGGUGGAGCUUUCAGUUGCUGACCUGUAAAAAUAAACAGGAGUACUGAUUCUAAGAUUGAACUUCAGAAAAAACUGUUUCAAAAUUAUUGAGAAAUAUCGCUUAUAAUGCACCAUACAUGUAAAUGUAUUUAUGAGACUUCACAAAAAAAGUGCUGCCCAAAAAUUUAUGUAGUCAUAGAAGCAUAAAUUUAACGAACUGAUAUAUUGAAUCCGAAUUGGAGCUGCAUGGGUUUUAU